CAAUUCAAUAAACCAAUUCUCAGUUGUAUUUACACAAUUAAAUUAGUCCUCCUACACAAUUACACCCUCCAUAUGAGAUCAAACUUGUCCUCAAGUUUGUAUAUAAAGAAGCAUUAAUGGGGGAAAUGAACAAAGGAGCUCCUCAGAAUCUUUAAUAAAUAAAAGAUAAAAAUAUAUAGUAAUGAUAUGAUGGGUGAAUAAAAUGAGUGUUGGGCCUCUCGUGCAUUAAUUUAAUUAAUUUUUUUCUUACUAACAAAUUUGUUUUAGCCCAUAAAUGACACCCGCUCAUAAUACUAGUUAAAGGAAAGUUAGGCUCUUUGAUGUAUUAGUUUAAUCAAGUUAUUUUUGUGUUCUUUUUCAAAUGAAUUGUUUUGGCCCAUAAGAACUCAGAAGUCCAUAAGACAAAUACAAGUGUUAUGAUGAUAAAUUGUGGCCCUGUACUGAGAGGCUUGCCAGGCCAAGGUCGGGCCUGCAAAUAUGGAUGAGCAAGUGAAGGAGAGGGUUCCAAAGAGAAUAGUAGAUGAUAGGUGAUGAUGUGUACCAUAUCUCCUAUAAAUCUCAGCUUCUGGUAGUUGUUAGUUGUUGUUAGUGGGCUUUGUAGCGCCUAUUUCCACUGCUUCAGUUUCCACGUUUUGCUGCACAAUCUGUUGCUGUUGUACUUUAAAUACAUUCUGUGAAUAAUAGAAACACAUGCUUUUGAGCUCAUUUAUGGUAUCAGAGCUUCCCUCACUCUAACGAGUAUAACAUUUGUUCCUCUGCAAUUUUUAUUCAUCCCCUGUCUCCCAAAUGACUACUGAGUCCGCCUCUGUUUCUUCAACUUCGUCCUCUGGUGACUCUGCUUCUGCUCCUAUGCCUUCUGUCUCCCUCCUAGCCAAUCCGCAAUUGACCAUCAAACUCACCCCCACAAAUUACCUUCUCUGGCAUGCUCAGAUUACCCCCCUUCUCCGCUGCCAUCAGCUUAUGGGCCACGUCGACGGCACCACUCCCGCACCGCCGCUGUCUGUUGAUGGUCGCCCCAAUCCCCAUUAUUCUACCUGGUACAUUCGGGAUCAGUACGUCCUGACCUGGAUCAAUUGCUCGCUCUCUGAGUCUGUGCUGCCGCUCGUCAUCAACAAAUCCACUGCUUAUGAUGCAUGGUCGGCCUUAUCUAUCAUCUAUGCGUCUGGAUCUAAACUCCAGGUACGCCAUUUGACCAAAGAAUUGCAGAAUCUUCGCCGUGGUGAUGCUUCCAUACACUCCUAUCUUCAAACUGCCAAAGGGAAGGCCGACCAAUUAGCUGUGCUUGGCUCGCCGGUCGCCAAUGAUGAUUUCAUUGCCUGGAUACUUGACGGUCUGGGCGAGGACUAUCGACCCCUUGUGCGUCACAUUGAAUCUCGUCUGGAGCCGAUUCGAUUCGAAGACCUGCACUCCUUGCUGCUGAGUGCGGAGAGCCAAAUUCAACGCUUCUCCCUGCGUCCCGAUUCCCCUGCCCCGACCGCGUUCUACUCCAGCGCCGGCGGUUUCCGUGGCCGUGGCCGAGCUUCGCCUCGCGGUCACUUUGUCUCUAACCCGCCUUUGUUGUCUGACAGGUCGAGCUCUGCCGUGGGCCCAACUCGGCGGUGAUCAUUUGCCAUAACUGUGGUGGGCGAGGGCAUAUUAAGCCCAACUGCCCCAACCCACCAUUUGCACCUCCGCGCCAGAACCCCUAUUCUCAGCCCGCUGGUUCCACUAGCGCCAGCCACCAUUUCGGCUCAUCUGCUCACCCCCCAGGCCCACACACUCACUUUGCUUCCUCUCCGGCCCAGCCUCUCAACCCUCAGCAAUGGCUUCUUGAUUCCGGAACCAAUCACCACUUGACCUCUGAUUUGGAUAAUCUUGCUCAUCACUCUGAAUACAAUGGUACUGACCAAGUCACCUUCGUCAAUGGUAACUCCCUCCCCAUAUCUCGUUGUGGCUCCUCUCAAACUUCCUUAUCCCAUACGCCUAUUUCCUUAGAUAAUAUUCUUCAUGUUCGAAAUGCUCCAUUCAACUUACUAUCUAUUAGUGCUCUCACUCGUGCUAAUCCUGUCUCUAUCGAAUUUUUUGACUCUCUCUUUGUCAUAAAGGAUCGACGCACAACGAAUGAGCUUUAUCGUGGUUAUGCGGUGGACGGCCUUUAUUCUCUUCCUCUUCAGAUUUUUCGUCGCCUUCCCCCUAUUGCUUGCACCGCUACUUUCGAUGUAUGGCAUCAACGCCUUGGACACGCAAAUGAACGUGUUGUCAAGCAGGCUGCUUCUACUAUCUCUCCCCGGUUUUCAGACCCAGCUCUCUAUCGCAGUGUCGUUGGUGGCUUGCAAUACCUCAGUUUCACACGGCCGGACAUCUCUUUCGCCGUUAAUCUUGUAUCUCAGUAUCAAAAGGAUCCUACAGAUGCUCAUUGGGCUGCUGUUAAGCGUAUUUUACGCUAUCUCAAGGGUACUCUAACUCAAGGCUUGUUUAUUUCUUGAUCAUCGACACGCGGUUACUCAGAUGCAUCUUGGGCAUCCUGUCCCCAAGACAGAAAAUCAAUCACUGGCUUCGCCGUUUUUUGUGGGUCAAAUCUGGUUUCAUGGUCUACACGGAAACAGAAAUCAGUGGCCCGGUCGUCAACAGAGUGUGAAUAUCGUGCUCUCGCCACCUUAGCCUCCGAAGUUCUCUGGCUUCGCUCCUUGUUACAUGAAUUGGGCCAGUCCAUUCCUUCAGCCCUUGCUUUAUGGUGUGAUAAUCUUGGUUCCACUUUCCUCGCUCAUAAUCCGGUUUUUCAAAAUCGAUCCAAACAUAUGGAGAUUGAAUUUCAUUUCGUUCGCGAUCAGGUCAGUAAAGGUCACCUACAUGUUCACUAUCUCCCAGCUGCUGACCAGCUUGCUGAUAUGCUUACCAAGCCGUUGCCAAGGGGAUCCUUCAAUCGGUUCUGCUCCAAGUUUUGCCACAUGGAGCCUCAACUUGCGGGGGGCGUGAUGAUGUGUACCAUAUCCCCUAUAAAUCUCAGCUUCUGUUAGUUGUUAGUUGUUGUUAGUGGGCUGUUGUAGCGCCUAUUUCCACUGCUUCCGUUUCCACGUUUUGCUGCACAAUCUGUUGCUGCUGUACUUUAAAUACAUUCUGUGAAUAAUAGAAACACAUGCUUUUGAGCUCAUUCAAUAGGGAGGCAACUCCUUUCCAAUACAACCUUCGUUGAAUUGGUAGACCCAAAAACCAUCCUAUUACAAGCACCACAUAACCAUCAAUUCUGCAUCUCAUAUUCGAAUUCUGCAUCCCAAAUAAACCAAUUCACUCACAUGAUCAAAACAACCUUAUAUGGCUCUUUAAAUACAGGGCAGGCUCCUCUGGCGUAAGAGAGAAUGAUGGCCCAACAAAACUUCUUGGGAGCACCUGUUUACCCAUAAAAAUUAACCUUGUACCACAUCGAUUAAAAAUUAGGAAUUAAAUGGCUUUAUAAGG